AUGGUGGAUAUUAUUUUUCAUUAUCCUUUUCUGGGUGCUAUGGGGGAUCAUUCCAAGAAGAAGCCCGGGACGGCCAUGUGCGUGGGCUGCGGGAGUCAGAUCCACGACCAGUUUAUCCUGCGGGUGUCGCCGGACCUCGAGUGGCACGCCGCCUGCCUCAAGUGCGCCGAGUGUAGCCAGUAUCUGGACGAGACGUGCACGUGCUUCGUGAGAGACGGGAAGACCUACUGCAAGCGGGACUACGUCAGGCUGUUCGGCAUCAAGUGUGCCAAGUGCCAGGUGGGCUUCAGCAGCAGCGACUUGGUGAUGCGGGCACGGGACAGCGUGUACCACAUCGAAUGCUUUCGCUGCUCGGUGUGCAGCCGCCAGCUGCUGCCUGGGGACGAGUUCUCGCUGCGGGAACACGAGCUGCUCUGCCGCGCGGACCACGGCCUCCUGCUGGAGCGCGCUGCAGCCGGCAGCCCGCGCAGCCCCGGCCAGCUCCCCGGCGCCCGCGGCCUGCAUCUGCCAGACCCGGGGUCGGCCCGGCAGCCCUCACUGCGCCCGCACGUGCACAAGCAGACGGAGAAGACGACCCGCGUGCGGACUGUGCUGAACGAGAAGCAGCUGCACACUCUCCGUACCUGCUAUGCCGCCAAUCCGCGGCCAGACGCGCUCAUGAAGGAACAGCUGGUGGAGAUGACCGGCCUGAGCCCGCGUGUCAUCCGCGUCUGGUUCCAGAACAAGCGCUGCAAGGAUAAGAAGAAAUCCAUUCUAAUGAAGCAGCUGCAGCAGCAGCAGCACAACGACAAGACGAGCCUCCAGGGACUGACUGGGACGCCCCUGGUGGCCGGCAGCCCCAUCCGCCACGAGAGCGCCGUGCAGGGCAGCGCCGUCGAGGUACAGACAUACCAGCCGCCGUGGAAAGCGCUCAGCGAGUUCGCCCUUCAGAGUGACCUGGACCAACCUGCUUUCCAGCAGCUGGUCUCCUUCUCCGAGUCUGGCUCCUUAGGCAACUCCUCCGGCAGCGACGUCACCUCCCUGUCCUCGCAGCUCCCGGACACCCCCAACAGUAUGGUGCCGAGUCCAGUGGAGACGUGA